GAAGUGAAACAAGAUGCUAUUUUUGACCUAUAAAAGCAUCAAUCGAGUGGUUGCUUUGUUCUGUUCUUUCUCCAUUUCUCCAUCUGAUGAAUAAAAGUCAAACUUUUACGGCUUCUGGGAAAAAUAAGGUAAAGUUUCUUCGAAGGGAGAGACAGAGAGUCCGACUUGUAUAUCGUGGAUAGUUACGACAUAUCAACUCAUUUCAAACAGUUACCAUAUAAAAACAAGGAAGACAUAUCAACUCAUUAAAAGAAAGUUCAAAUUUGUCUGCUGCAGAGAAAAGAAGAUGGAUAGCAAUUCAAGGAUCAGUAUCCCAGAAGUGCUUCUUAGCUCUAGCAGCCGGAGAAUGCCGCUACUGGGUUUGGGCACAGCAUCUUACCCACAAGCGUCAUCAAAAGAAACAAAAGCAGCAAUUCUUGAAGCAAUUAAGAUCGGUUACAGACAUUUUGAUACAGCCUCAUUUUACCAAACAGAAGAGCCACUUGGUCAAGCCAUUGCUGAAGCAUUAUCUAUUGGCCUAAUUAAAUCAAGAGAGGAACUCUUUAUCACAUCAAAGCUUUGGUGCAGUGAUGCUCAUAGUCAUCUUGUUCUUCCUGCCCUUCAAAAGAGUCUCCGCGCUCUUCAAUUGGAGUAUGCUGAUCUUUAUCUCAUCCAUUGGCCUGUAAGCUGUAAACCAGGGAUCAAUAAUUUUCCAAUCCAGAAAGCAGAUUUUUUGCCCAUGGAUUUUAAAGGGGUAUGGGCAGCAAUGGAGGAGUGUCAAAAAAUAGGGUUUACCAAAUCAAUUGGCGUAAGCAAUUUCUCCUGUAAGAAGCUUUCAGAUAUUCUUGCUAUAGCAGAGAUCCCUCCUGCUGUUAAUCAAGUAGAGGUAAACCCACUAUGGCAACAAAAGAAGUUAAUGGAGUUCUGUAAGGGCAAUGGAAUCAUGUUGACUGCUUAUUCAGCUUUAGGAGCUAGAGGAACUAUUUGGGGUAGCAACAGAGUCAUGGAGAAUCAAGUGCUCAAUGAGAUUGCGAAUGCCAGAGGAGUAACAGUUGCUCAGUUAUGCCUCAGAUGGACAUAUGAGCAGGGAAUCUGUGUUUUGGUGAAAAGUUUCAACAAGGAGAGGAUGAAACAAAAUCUCGACAUAUUCAACUGGGAAUUGAGUGAAGAAGAGUCUAAGAAGAUCAGCCAGAUUACACAGAGUAGAGGAUGUUGCGGAGAAGUUUUCAUCUCAGAUAAGGGACCUUUCAGAACACUGGAAGAGCUUUGGGAUGGUGAAAUUUGAUUUGAAAAUAAAAUUCUUAGACUAAGCUACCAAAAUAUAUGGAAUAUACUCAUGCUUAGUUGUUUUCUAUUUUUUGCUAUUCCCUUAGAGACCUAAUGGGUCAAAAUAAUGUUACAGUUUACACAAAGAGCAGUCUAAAUCGAGAGAAAACAGAAUUAGUAUGAUUAGUAUAGUCGUUAAAUCAUUUCUAAAUAUAUUCUAUUUUUAUUUUUAGUUAAA